UUGCAGCGAAGCUAAUGUGAAUAAGGACCUUAACAUUUUUCUACUUCACCCUAUUAACUAGGCUUUUACAAAUAGUGUGCUUCUCUUCCAGUAUCAGUUAUUACAAUUAUUGUUUUUAUAAGUGUAAUAGUUUUUAUAGUUUAAAAAUUGAGUAAUCUGAUUACAAUACUGCGACUUACAAUUUUAAUUAACUAUUUUUAUCUGACCCAGACACGUUGAAAUUCCAACGUAAUAUUGAAGAUUUAUGUAUAACUCAUAAAAACCAAGAACAUAUAAAGAUUAAAUCAGCAUCAUGGAAGAAGUAAAAAAAGACAUUACACCCCCAAAUAACACAGCUAAUAUUAAGAAAAAAAGGGAAGAUAAGCAGAGAAGAAGAGACCACAGGGCUAUUGAAAAUAUCAUGAAAGAAAUUGGUAAUUUAGAAGAUGGUGAGAAAGUUCGUGUUUUGAUAAAGAAAUAUAGCGAUUUGUAUGAUGAAUUCAGAGCUCUUCAAAACAAUACAGCAUUAAGUGACAAAAGAAUGACUGUCCUACAAAGAGAACGAGAUCAACUUCAGUCAGAGCAGGGCAAACUUGUUUUGGCUAAAGCACGCAUGGAAAGUUUAUGUAGAGAGCUUCAGAAACAAAAUAAAUUAAUAAAGGAAGAAAAUUUGGCUAAAAUUCGUGAGGAAGAAGAAAGACGCAAAGAAGUGGCACUUAAAUUCCAAAAUACGCUCUCAGAAGUUUCAAAUAUGGUACAGGAAAACAGUGAGAAAAAUAUAAAGCUUCGUGAUGAUAACAAAGACAUGGCAAACAAAAUACAGGCUCUUUGUGAGCAGUUUAAUAAACGCAAAGAACAACUUGCUCGGGUAGAAAAACAACUUGAAUUAGAGAGACAAUUAUCAGAAGCAACAGUAGCAAAAGCUGAAUUGGAGUUAAAGGCUGAACGAGAAAUGUGGAGUAAGGAAAGAGAAAUACUCCAAAGUAAUCUGAAGAAAAGUGAAGAAAAUUGUGUAAAGUUGCAAGAAAACAUAAAAAGUCUCGAGGAAAAUCUUCAGGUUUACUCAGGAAAUUAUAAAGAAUUUGAAUCAACAAUAUCUAGAAGUAACGAAGUAUUUGACAAUUGUAAAUCUGAAAUGUUUAAGAUGACUAAACAAAUUGCAACUUUAGAGAAAGAAUGUAAAAUGUUCAAACAACGCUGGCAAAAGAAUGCACAAUGCGUUAUAGAACUUACAGCAACAAAACAGUCCCAAGACACCAAAAUUGACAAUUUAGAAAGAAAAUUAGAACAAUUACAAAAAUUGUGUAGACAACUACAAACAGACCGUUCUUCCUACAUUAAACUCCUUAAAUUAAAUGGAAUAGAGCCAGUUUCCCAAAAAUGUGUUGAAGAGCCAGCUAGCUCUCCAAGAAAGACUAAAAAGGAAAUUGAACUUGAGCAUCUCAAAAAUAAUCUUAAAGUUCUUCAAGAGCAUUUUUAUUCAAUACAAGCAAAAUCAGUAGUUAGUAGUUCAGGAAAUGACGAGGAAAUAAAAGAAAAUAAUUCAUUACCGGCUACAGAAAGUUCUGUUGAUGUUACAGAAGCAAAAUUAACAGAAGAAAGUACAACCUCAAUAGAAAAUAGCCUCAACGAUUUGACUAUUAACGAGAAUAAGAAAGAAAAUAUAGAAGAUAAUAAAGAUAACAGCAUUCAGAAUGUUAUAGAAAGUGAGUCUAAUGUUAAGACUGAUGAUGAAGAAGUUAUUUCAAAUGGAUGUUUAGUAUCUGAAAGUAAUACUGAUCAUUCUGCAGAAUCCUCUGCAUCUAAAGAAUCAACUGUUAUAACAAAAGAGGAUACUGUAAGUCCUUCCAUUGAUGAAAGUCAAUCCAGCAUGACAGUAGACAGUAAUGAUCCUUCCACAACAGAAAAUGGCACUUGUGACUCUACUUCUGCAGCGUUGUCAAUUAUAGAUAGUGUUACUGAAGAAAAUAGAAAUCCAGAAGGAGAGACCACAUAGCAAAUUCUAUUUUAAUUAUUGUUUUUAGUUUCCAUUUGUAUUAUCAGUCGAAAUAGUCAAAAUUUUGAAUACCACGUUCCUUUUUUACAUCAACAUUUAAUGGCUCUAAUACUAAUUUUUUAAAUAUUUAUAACAUUUGAUUAAGUCGCAAAUAAAAUGUGUUUUACUGAA